AAAAUUAGAAGAGCAAACAUAAAAAAGAAGACAAGAUGUUGUCUUCUUUGCUUUUUUGAUCAUUGUGUCUCAAACCCUCCCCACCCACGUGGAGAAGAAUAAAAGAUAAAACCAAAAGAUUGCCACCACCGGAGAAAAUGGAAAUCCCGGUUAGAGAGGAGAGAAGAUCCUCAUCCUCUGCCGGACCAUUACAGCAAACCAUCGCCUUAGUAGCUGAUGACGCCGUCGAUAGCGGUCCUUCCUCUCCGCUUCUCGUCAAGGUCUCUGUCUUCGAAACAGAGCACGAGACGACGAGGCUUCAUCACGCUCCGUCAACUCUCCUCGGCGAAUCCACCGGAGACGCUGAUUUCCCUCCCAUUCAAAGCUUUGGAGAUGCUAAACUCGUCUGUCUGGUCGAAACGUCCAAGCUUUGGGAAAUCGCCGCACCUAUAGCUUUCAACAUUCUUUGCAAUUACGGUGUUAACUCCUUCACAAGCAUCUUCGUCGGCCAUAUCGGCGAUCUUGAGCUCUCCGCCGUCGCUAUCGCUCUCUCCGUCGUCUCCAAUUUCUCCUUCGGUUUCUUGCUAGGAAUGGCGAGUGCGUUGGAAACGUUAUGCGGGCAAGCGUAUGGAGCGGGACAAAUGGAUAUGUUAGGCGUUUAUAUGCAGCGUUCAUGGCUUAUCCUCCUGGGCACUUCUGUCUGCUUGCUUCCACUCUACAUCUACGCAACGCCUCUUCUCAUAUUACUAGGCCAAGAACCUGAAAUCGCAGAGAUCUCUGGCAAAUUCACAACGCAAAUCAUUCCUCAAAUGUUUGCGCUCGCCAUCAAUUUCCCGACUCAGAAGUUUCUCCAGUCGCAGAGCAAAGUCGGGAUCAUGGCAUGGAUCGGUUUCUUUGCAUUGACCCUUCACAUUUUCAUCCUCUACCUCUUCAUAAACGUUUUUAAGUGGGGGCUAAACGGUGCAGCGGCUGCGUUCGAUGUCUCGGCUUGGGGAAUAGCGAUCGCGCAGGUUAUUUAUGUUGUCGGGUGGUGUAAAGACGGUUGGCAAGGGCUGUCUUGGUUAGCAUUUAAAGACAUUUGGCCGUUCUUGAAACUGUCGUUUGCGUCUGCGGUUAUGCUUUGCCUUGAGAUUUGGUACUUCAUGACGAUCAUUGUCUUAACCGGACAUCUUGAAGACCCUGUCAUAGCCGUUGGAUCUCUCUCAAUCUGUAUGAACAUAAACGGAUGGGAAGGAAUGUUGUUUAUAGGCAUCAAUGCAGCUAUAAGUGUAAGGGUGUCGAAUGAGCUAGGAUCGGGACACCCAAGAGCAGCGAAAUACUCGGUGAUCGUAACAGUGAUCGAGUCUCUAAUCAUUGGAGUAGUGUGUGCGAUUGUAAUUCUGAUAACAAAAGAUGAGUUUGCAGUGAUAUUUACAGAGAGCGAAGAGAUGAGAAAGGCGGUAUCUGAUCUUGCCUACCUUCUCGGAAUAACGAUGAUUCUCAACAGUUUACAACCGGUUAUAUCAGGUGUAGCAGUGGGAGGAGGAUGGCAAGCACCGGUGGCUUAUAUAAACUUGUUUUGUUACUACGCAUUUGGUUUACCUCUAGGGUUUUUGCUAGGUUAUAAAACAAGCCUUGGCGUGCAGGGGAUAUGGAUAGGUAUGAUAUGUGGGACUAGUCUUCAGACACUCAUCCUUUUGUACAUGAUAUACAUUACCAACUGGAACAAAGAGGUGGAACAAGCUUCGGAGAGAAUGAAACAAUGGGGAGCUGGAUAUGAGGAGUUAGAAAAAAUAGCAACUUAAAUAUUUCAAUUUGGGGAUUAUACAGUAUGUACAUUUAUUCUUAUGUAAUAAUAUUAUACGAGCCUACUAUUAUAAUUUGUAUAUAUCAGUUUC